UUUGUCCUGGUCCAGAUGUUGGCUCUGUCUAGAUGCUCCCCAUCUGUGAGGAGGUCUGUCUCCAUGCACCUCUCUCUGGGCAGCGGUACCCUGAGCCGCCAGUCCUCCGCCACAGCCAGGCCCCAUAUUUUGAGAACCCACUCUGCUCUGUUUCACCAAAGUAGAGACAAAUCCAGUCCUGAGCCAAACAAGCCCACUCCAGUGUUUUCCUCUGGGCUGGAGGGGGAUCUGCUGGAGAUGGGGAUGUGGUCUCUGGGUCUGGGGGCUGUCGGAGCAGCCCUGGCAGGGAUCUUCCUGGCCAACACUGAUUUGUGUCUGCCUAAAGCUGCCAUGGCAUCGCUGGAGCACCUGGAAGACGCUGACCUGCGCUCCACCGUAGAUGACGCCACAGUCAUCAAAGCAAAGAGCCUGUGGGAGACGAACGGGGCCGUGGUCAUGGCCGUCCGGCGGCCUGGAUGAUUUUUGUGCAGAGAGGAGGCCUCUGAGCUGUCCUCUCUGAAGCCCCAGCUUGAGGAGCUCGGGGUCCCUCUGGUCGCCGUGAUAAAGGAGAACGUCGGCUCAGAGAUCACGGACUUCAGACCGCACUUCGCUGGGGACAUCUACGUAGAUGAAAUGAAACUCUUCUAUGGUCCGCUGCAGAGGAAGAUGGGGGGUCUGGGGUUCAUUCGCCUCGGCGUGUGGCAGAACUUCAUGCGGGCCUGGCGGUCCGGUUACCAGGGCAACAUGAACGGAGAGGGAUUCAUUCUGGGCGGAGUGUUUGUCAUUGGGCCAGGAGACCAGGGGAUUCUCCUGGAACACCGGGAGAAGGAGUUUGGAAACAAGGUGAACACUGCAGAUGUUUUGGAGGCUGUCAAGAAAAUUGUUCCAGCGAAAUAAAUUCCUCAAAGAGCAGGCUGAAUUUAGAGCUAGAGGAUUAUUAACAUUUUAAGUUUGAAGUGCCGAGUCCACCCAUCACUGAAGUAUGAUUUUUACAAUAACUUUUACGUAUGUUUGUGUUGUCUAAUAGCACACUAAUUUACUGUCGUUUACAAAAGCAGAGCUGUGAAAUACAAAGCCAGUAAUAAAAGAGUAUCUCUCUCUACCUCUGAAGACACCUAAGAAUUUAGUUUCUUAAAAACGGGUACAUUACGAACAGGUAGGGGGGGGAUUUAAAGGCAGCGUUUUCAUUCAUGGACAUCGUCCGUUACAUUUAAAUUCACUUGAAACCUUCCAUCUAGACAUAAUUCAGGCUAUAUGAAUAAUUCUAUCUUUCACGAUACCUAUAUGUUGUUUUGUUUGCUUCUCCUGCUCAGGUGCAUAAAUGUGUCUCAUGGUUGACAGGUGUGUGUCCGCGUGUGUGUGUAAUAAUGACAACCUGACUCUAAACUCAGCAUUGAGAGGAGCAGGUUUGAUGCCCAAACACACAAAUGUUCAACGUCUGUCGCCAUGUGGAGGAGUUUGUGCUGCCUGACGCAGGUGUCGCGGUUGUGUGUGUGUUAGACAGAGAGAUUGUGUAUUUCUGCACGUGUGUGUACUAGCAACAGAAGAUAAAAACCAAUAAAGAACCUCAUCACCAUA